CCUGUUCUUCUGGAUAGCAGCAGCAUUUUACCAGAUCGCAUUCUCCUCAUGGACACCUUUUUCCAGAUCCUUAUUUAUCAUGGAGAGACCAUAGCUCAGUGGCGUAAAUCAGGUUACCAAGAUAUGCCGGAAUAUGAAAACUUUCACCACUUGCUACAGGCUCCAAUAGAUGAUGCCCAAGAAAUUCUCCAUUCCAGGUUUCCAAUGCCCAGAUACAUUGAUACAGAGCAUGGAGGAAGCCAGGCUCGUUUCCUGCUUUCAAAAGUAAAUCCCUCUCAGACUCAUAACAAUAUGUAUGCGUGGGGACAGGAGUCUGGAGCGCCCAUUCUCACUGAUGAUGUCAGCUUGCAAGUGUUUAUGGAUCAUCUGAAGAAACUUGCUGUUUCUAGUGCUGCCUGAGAUUCUGCAGUGCAUUAAAGGCACAGAUAAGCUGUAGCCAUAUUUCAGAUUUUUCUCCUUUACCCUUUUCUAUGUCUCUCCUGACAGAGUGCUCUGAUAUGCACAAGCUGCCUGACUAGAUGUAAAGCAGUGUUGUUUUCAAACAAGAGCUUUCAUUAUUAGCAAAUGUUUUAAUGUGAACUGCAGUUUGUAAAAAUGACAGGUAGUAGAUUAAGUUAAAAUUAGAGGAAAAAGAACAGUCAUUUUGAUUACUGUGAUACUAUAAUUACUUUGAGAUCAUUUAUAGCAACUUUGAGAUGUGAUUUUAGUUUCCUUUUUGAAUGGUUGAGGUUGAUUCUGCUCUGCACUACAAAGGCACAUUGAACAAUAAAGGAAAUCUUUGGCAAUGUCAGGCUUUCCAGAUUGCCAUAUGACUACAUUUCC